GGCAAGUUUUUGAGAAAUGGGAAAGAGAAGCAGCUCUGAGGGAAGCAAAAUCUGUUGCAGGAUUAAUGUUAACACAGGAGAUAGGAGAAGAAGGUGAUAAAAAGAAGGCAAGACAGAGACGUAGGGCCAGAGAAGAGAAUCUGCCUCCUCCAUAUGUUCUCCCCGUGUCUGCACCCCCUCCUCCCUCAGAGACACAAGCAGCAGGACAAUCACCUGCAGCUGAAUCCCGAAAUGGCUCUGAAGAGGAGAAGGAGGAGAAGCCAAAGCUGUACCCUGAUCUGUCUACCCUUCCAACACCUAUGAGGGAAAACAAACGGACUGAUAACGUGUCUCAACCAGCUAACAUUGCCUCUUCCAGAAAUGUCUCCUCUCCAUUAGCAGCUUCUUUCGAUUACUGGCUGAGGAGUCAAAGGGAAAAAGGAGACGCGCACCAGAUGCCUAUGUUGACAUUUCCAAAUCCACAGCCACGGCCAACUGGUGAAGAGGAAUAUGUCCACUGGGAUCCGGAAGUGUUGGUGUACAGGCCAUGGCAGCCAGAUGAACUAAAAGAGAUCGCAGGAGAACUGCCAGAUCCCCAAAAGACUGGAGGUGAGAAGUGGGUAAUAGCAAUGCAACAGCUAUUAACCAUGUAUAAUCCAACUCUGCAGGAGGUAGAAGCUGUGAGUCGGAGGUGUUUCAAACUCAGAUGGGCCAAUAUCCGACCGGCCAACUGGUCAACAUCCCCAGUAAUUGGAUCAGUGAGGUUCCACGACAUGAUGACCAGCCUGGCUGACGCUGUGCGGGCUGCUUUCCCCUUAAGAGUGUGUUGGCCUGAGAUUCACAACACUAAACAAAAGGAGGGUGAGUUAGCAGCUGACUACCGCACUCGCAUGGAAUCCGUUUUUGCAGCUCACUCCGGCAUCGAUGCACAGAACGAGGCAUACGAUGACCUGCUGAAAACAGCUUUAAUUAAUGGUCUCCACCCUAGCCUCAAGGAUCGUGUCAUGGCUACAUGUGUCGGAUGGGAAACUGGGACAAUAGCAAAUGUCUGGACACACGUUCUGCACACUGAGCGAAAUAAGGUAGAUUUGGACUCUAAGCAGUCACGAAAACUUCAAAAUGCUCAACUGAUGUAUUACCAGCAGGGUGGGGCUCAAAAUCCUGAAAAGAAAUGGCAGCCUCGCCAACCCAACAACAGAGGUAGACGCAGACCGGGUCCGCACCAGAACUCCCAGAGGAAGAACAGCCAAGGACACAACAAGGUGAAAGCAGCCCUUCCUGACCCUGCAGUAGCCGAACUACACCACAUACGGCCCGGAGACUGGAUAGUGGUUAAGGACCUCAGACGGAAGCAUUGGCAUCAACCCCGGUGGUCAGGACCAUUCCAAGUGCUGCUGACAACUCCAACUGCCGUCCGGAUAGCUGAGAGGGAUACCUGGAUCCAUGCGACCCAUUGUAAACCCUUUCCUGGGAAUGUCUUAUCCAACGGAACAACAACAACGGGAAAUUAAUCAAGGAAAAUGCUGCAAAACCUUGCUAGCAGUUUUCUUCAUUGGGAUCAUCACCACAGGCGUGUCAGUCCAAUGGCCUGGACAUCAGAAAAAUGACAGCCUGCGACAAAUGGACUUCAAAAGUCAGCAUAUAACAUCAACAACCAUACAUACUACUGAUUCACUCACAUUCACCAGUCAAACUGACAUCAUUCACAUUGAUACUUUGACACCUAUUCUUCCACCGAGGAAUGAAGAAAGACUGAAAACAUCGAGGGAGUACAAAGACACUGAGGGCAAAGGUGGCGUGGGUGUGUCACCCAUGCAGGAUCAAGAGAUCCCAGAAGACAUGGACAAAAAAGUUACUGUCACAGAAGAAUUAGUCAGGAAGAAAAGACAACUUUUUGAACACACUGAUUGGAAACCGUGGAAUUUCAACGCAAAUGAAUUGCUUGAUAAUUCUAACCAAAAAAAUAGUUGGUAUUCUUUCAUUGGAUGGAUGAAAAACAAGGUGUACGGCUCAAACACUACUGUACUAAUUGUUCAGAGUCCUCCAGCUAACUGGCA